AUGGAAAGCUCGUUCCUCAAUAACUUCUUCGAUGAUGAAACCAAAGUGUCGAUCGAAGGCCUUUUGGACGAGAAGAAAAAGGACAGGGAGUCAAUUGAUAGCUUUGUUAAAUGCUUCUACAAUAAGGCUUUAGUUAUAGAUGGAAAGCUUCAGAGUGCAGAGAUUGAUGAAUUUAUAUAUCAUGAGUCCCUAGUUCAUCCAGCAUUGCUCCGCCACCAAGAUCCUAAGACUACUUUCAUAAUGGGAGGAGGAGAGGGGUCCACUGCAAGGGAAAUUCUUAGGCACAACACUGUAGAAAAGUUGUCAUGUGUGAUAUUGAUGAGGAUUGUGCCCUCAGAACCAACUGAUUUGUGGUUCUUUGACAUGAUGAGCAUCGGUGGUAAACUAAGGGCUGGAUUUGGGGUUGAAGUUCCUUUUAUAUAA